GUUAUCCUUGCUCAUGUAAUAUUUUGACAGAUUUGUUUUGGUUAGGUAAUAAGAGGUUUUUUUGGGUACUUCUGAGUGCGAUAAUGGCCUCGAUUUUAAGGCAAUUAACGAGGACAAUUCGUUCACCUAUUGUGCAGAACAGAGUGGUUGCCAGCAGCAAUGGGCUUCGAUUCAAAACUACUGCACCAGCAGAACCCAAAGAAGAGACCAGACCGACUGUGCGCAAGUUUGAUCCUGCCCAGCGUGAGCAGCUGAAAGAUUUCGGACAGUAUGUGGCUGAAUGCAUGCCUAAAUAUGUGCAGAAAGUUCAGCUGACUGCUGGAGAUGAGUUGGAAGUUCUUAUUGCCCCGGACGGUAUUGUCCCCAUUUUGCAGUUCCUCAAGGAUCACCACAAUUGUCAAUUCACCAACCUGACUGAUAUCGCUGGUAUGGACGUGCCUAGCAGGCAGUUCAGAUUCGAGAUCAUCUACAAUAUGCUGUCGGUGAGAUUCAAUUCUCGCAUCCGCGUGAAGACCUACACCGACGAAUUGACCCCGAUCGAUUCCUGUAACGAUGUUUACAAGGCGGCUAAUUGGUACGAGAGGGAAAUCUGGGACAUGUACGGCGUGUUCUUCGCCAACCAUCCGGAUUUGAGAAGGAUCCUGACAGAUUACGGGUUCGAGGGACAUCCGUUCAGGAGGGACUUCCCCCUUACCGGUUACGUGGAGGUGCGUUACGAUGACGAGAAGAAGAGGGUGGUCAUCGAACCUCUCGAGUUGGCCCAAGAGUUCAGGAAGUUCGAGCUGGCCGCCCCUUGGGAGCAAUUCCCUAACUUCAGGAAUGCCCCGGCCGCCUCCGAGGAGAUUCCCAUCAAGGAUGAAGAGAAGUGAAUUGUGUAAAAUAUAUUGAGAAUAAAUCUAAUGUAUAUUAAAUAAAAUAUUAUUUAAAUCUUU